CACUGUCCUACUCAUUAUAUACUUUUAAUACUUGGUACAGAAGAGGGCUAUGCCAUGGUAUCGAGUGGGAGUUAAUUGACUUAAUUCUGGUCAGCCGCAUUAGCCACAGGGACGGACAGGCAGACACAAAUAUUCCAAUCGCUUCCCCCUCUCUCUCUCCUCUCUACAGUGAAAACCACCCAAAUCUCUCUCUCUCUAUAUUGUGCUUACUCACUUGUAUUCCCACCUGUUUUCCUUAUUUCAUUUCUGAUUUCCCCUCACCCACUCUCUCUCUCUCUCUCUUCACAUUCAAAAGUCAGCGCCUUCUUUUGUCUCUUUUUUCCCAUACUCUCUCUCUAAAAAGUCAAGGGCAUCAGAGCUGGGAUAGGGGAGGAAUGGAGGACGAUUGGGAUCUAUAUGCGGUGGUCAGAGGCUGCGCUGCCUCCACCGCUUCCUCUUCUUCUCCGGUUUCCUCCGCCGCCGCCGCUAGCACAACCUCUCCGUGCAGCUUCCAACCAAGGCAAGACCAAGACUUGCUUGGCAUACAAGAUCUGUUCGAAUUUGGGGCAUCCUCAUCAUCACCAAUAAAUGAGAGCAUCUGUAGCAGCAGGUGGUGUUUCAACGAAGAGUUGCAUGACCUCUAUAAACCUUUCUUUCCGGCACCGCCACCGCCGCCGCUUCCUCCUCAGGCAUCUUUUCAGCAAAAGCAGCGGGCUUUCUCCCCUUCACAGCCCACCCCAAUCUCCCCCCUCUCUGUUCUUGGAGGAUUGCAAGAUCUGUCCCCCACCCACCAAAUCCUCAACUCCCAUAUCCCUUCUUCCUCUGCUCCAAUUAUUCUCCCAAAGAAGCCAUCUUUCCCUCUAAAUAUUGCUUCUACACCUACACACGCUCCAAGCCCAAAAGGCAAAAGAAGGUACUUGAUGAACUAGAAGAAUCUUUUUUCUAUUCCGGUAAAAAACCCACAGUAAUUCCUCUGAUUGAUUCCUUUGUUGAUAGAUGUCUUUUGAUUUUUUUUUUUUGGGUUUUAAUAGAAAGAACCAGCUGAAGAGGGUUUGCCAAGUACCAGCGGAGGGUUUAUCUUCUGAUGUGUGGUCUUGGAGAAAAUAUGGGCAAAAACCCAUCAAAGGCUCCCCAUACCCAAGGGGCUAUUACAGAUGUAGCACAUCAAAGGGGUGUUUGGCCCGAAAGCAAGUGGAGCGGAAUAGAUCCGACCCGAAUAUGUUUAUCGUGACCUACACAGCAGAGCACAACCACGCCAUGCCCACCCACCGGAACUCGCUCGCAGGGAGCACCCGCCAGAAGCCCCCGACGCCUUAUCAAGCGGAAACCUCCGGCGAUGGCCGCAAUCCAGCGAAUACAUCGCCGGCGUCUUCUCCGGCGCCGGAAAAGCAAGAAAGCAGCAGGGACGAAGAUAUCUGCGAGGACGAAGACGAUGAAUGUGGCGUGUCCAAUAUGGCAUCGGACAGGGUGGAGGAGGCCCCAGAGGACGACUUCUUCGAGGGACUGGAAGAUCUCGCCGGAGAUUGCUUCCCAUCUAAUCUACCUGCCGCCGGCAUGCAAUUCCCGUGGCUGGCGAACAAAGCGGCAACGACGGCCGCCGGCGGUGGUUGAUUGGCAGCGUAAAAGCGCGCCGGUGAAAGAAAAGGAUGCUUUUCUUCUCAGUCACUUCUCCUGCACUUUGUUGUUGUAGUGUUUUUGGCCGUUACAGAGUAGAGUGAGAGACGGAGACAGAAUCGCAUAAUCGCAAUCUUCUUGUACGUGUUACCGUAUGAUUCUCCAUCUUUAUGCGCCGAUUAUAGAUGUCAAAGAAACAUAGAUUCCGAUUAUUUCGAUUUAUUUCUUUCUAUUUUUUUCCCCCUUCAAACAAAACCAGAAAAGAAGAAUCCAGGCAGGUAGUGAGUACAAUAUUCUGUCUAGUAUAGGUAGAAUUUCACCCGAAAUAGCCUUUACAAUUAGAGUCCUUAUUGUUCAUUGUAUGAUCAGGGUACAUAUUUAUCUAUAUAUUCGAAAUGUCAUUAGAUGAUGAUUACUAUUUUAGUUCCGGAAAAUAAUGAAUGUGACCAACUUCUCUCCAAA